AUGUUGAUUUCGUUGACGGUUGGUAAAGUCGACGCCGGCGUUGCGGUCUUACUGACUCAUGAUAAAAGACUUAUUGAAUUCCCAUCCAUUCUCCUUCCACCGAACAUCUCCUCCGGCAGUAUUGUUGAUAUCACUGUCUCUCGAAAUUUUGGCUCUGAACAAAAGUCCCAAGAUGCUUUCCUCGCCCUCCAGGACGCGAUCUUCACCUCCUUUGGCGAAUCGGAGCCAACAGCUCCAGUCUUACGCUGCAAAAAUGCUACCCAGACUUCAGUAGUCCUCGAGUGGGACCCUAUUGAACUGGCUACCGCGGAUUGUAUAUCAUUAUCGUUGUUUCGAAACGGGCAAAAGGCUGGAAACAUCCCACGGCCUACGAACAUGCAUACCACCAAAAUAUCUGGUCUAGCAGUCGAUACCGAAUACACUUUUCAACUGGUUCUAAGAACGAGCGCUGGCACAUACAAUAGCGAGAAAUUGGUGGUCAAGACACACAAGAUGACCGAUUUGAGCGGCAUCACAGUGACACCUGGAGUUCUACCUGCACAAUUGAGAGAUAGCCUGACCAAGGCAAUCGAGAGGAUAGGGGCCAAACUAGCAGAUACUGUACGCAUUGAUACCACACAUUUUGUUACCGUGGAAGGUAGAGGUAUAGCAUGGGAGAAGGCGUUGGAAAUGAAUAUUCCAGUGGUACGACCAGAAUGGGUGGAAGGUUGCGAGAGAGGUGGCAGAAUCGUUGGUGUUCGUCAAUACUAUCUCGAUGCAGACCCAAAACUGCGUCAGGUCGAACAACAGCAGCAACCUCCGCAGCCUCAGCAGCAGCCACCACAGCCUUCACCGACACGCGAAACGCCGAAGAGCCCUUCACCCACUAGACAGAGUGGCGCCGAUGGAGCCGUCCCAAUACCACCGACACCACCUGCGAAAGACAGUGCUCCGGAAGAGGAGGAGAGUAGUUCCGAGGAUGAGGACGACGAAAACAAAACCAGCGUGCAAGAUGAACAGAAAGUCAGGGUUGAGGACCGGGAACAACAGAAGGUGGCAUUAAGACCGGGUGGUCCGUCUCCAAAGGAUAAGGAGGCAGAGAAAGAGGGUUCGGAAUCGUCAUCUAGAUCAGGAAGUAGGACGCCUGGUCAGGCUAGUUUCCAGAACAUUGAGUUGUAG